GUCUUCCAGCGAUAUUGGUAUUAUGGACUCGUCUGAUUUGGAAAAAUGUUUGCAAGACGAAGAUGAUGCAUUUGAAAGAAUUCGCGCUAUGCUACUAGAGUUGAUUGAACAAGCACAAGCAGCUGUAGCAGAAGACAAAGAGUCGCAAGACUAUCAAGUCAUUGCACACGUAAAAAAUAAUAGCAACAUAGCUUCAUCCAACACACUAAGACGUAGCAGUAGCAGACCAAAGUCAGUCAUAGACACAAGCUCUUCAAGAAACUCUAUGGUAGGGAUCACAAAUCAGCAAAAGAAUCGAGUGACUCGAAGAAUAUCACUUGGGAAUAUGAAUCAAGUGAGCACCGUACAUAACAAUAGUAAUACCCAUCGAAUCUCCGUUUCAUCUACUUCAAAGCAAUCACCCACAACUUCUCCUAUACCAAAUAGACGUUAUUCAAUGCAACGUUCUGUCUCGAGAACUUCCUCUAUUGCUUCUUCUCCUAAUGGAAGCAUUCAUUCAAUUCAAAAUGCAACCACUGCAUCAAGAGCUUCCAAAUACAAAAUCAAAUCAUCCGAUUCUCAACAGUCUUCUAGAAAAUGGUUGAAUUAAACGAUACAAAUAUGACCAUCAAAACCCUUUUCUUUUAUUAUACAUACACUUGUCCGCUCCCCCUGCCUUUUUAUAAGAACAUGAAAAAACAAAGAGAGAGAGAAAAACAAUAAACUAUCUUUCA